ACUUGGUUCAUCCUUCUAACAUGAUAUGGCCUCAAUCUCUUGUCUACGUUGCUAUGUACAACUCAUUGCAUGGCAAUAUCGCUGAAACAAACAAAAAAAUUCGAUUUUUUUACAUCGCAUUUGCCUCAAUGUUCAUUUGGCAAUUUAUACCUUCUUAUCUGUUUCUUUGGUUAAGCAGCAUUGCUGUACUAUGCCUUGUUUUUCCCAGUAAUGAUAUUGCAAAACUGUUAGGAAGUGGUACAAGAGGUCUUGGAAUAAUGAAUUUCUCUCUUGAUUGGAACGCUAUUGGUCUUGUUUCUCCCCUGAUUACUCCAUGGUGGUCACAAGUAAAUUUUUACGUCGGUCUAAUUGUUGCUAUGUGGAUUAUUGCUCCAAUAGCGUAUUAUAAUAAUGUCUUCGAUGGCAAAAACUUUCCCAUUAUGUCCCUUCAUUCUUUCGAUAAAGAUGGAAACACGUGUACAAGUGUUAUUGAUCAAUCAACUGGUGCUCUUAAUAUUACUGCUUAUGCAAAUUAUAGUCCAGUGUAUCUAUCUGUUACAUUUGCUAUUUGUUAUGGCUACUAUUUCGCUCAAUUUCCUGCAACUAUUGUUCAUGUGGCACUAUUUCAUGGAAAAGAAAUUUGGACUCGUUACAAGAAAACUCGAAAAGAAGAGUUGAAUGAUAUCCAUUGCAGAUUAAUGAGUGUUUAUCCAGAAGUACCAUAUUUAUGGUAUGGUAUUAUAUUUAUUUCCAUGUUAAUAAUCGCAAUUAUUCUUGGCUAUACAAGUGGUGCGCAUUUACCUUGGUGGGCUUUAUUAUUGGCUGUGGCUAUUGCUGCAAUCAUGGUUAUUCCAAUAGGAAUUAUUCAAGCUAUCUCAAACUGGGCAAUAGGAUUAAAUGUUAUAACUGAAUUUGUGUGUGGUUAUCUUUUACCUGGUUAUCCACUUGCAAAUGUAUAUUUUAAAACUUAUGGAUAUAUUUCUAUGUCUCAAUGUUUAUUAUUUGUUCAAGAUUUAAAAAUGGGUCAUUAUAUGAAAGUCCCUCCAAGAAGCAUGUUCAUAGCACAAAUAUGGGGUACAAUUGUUGGUACAAUUGUAAAUUUUUGGUCAACGCAGUUUAUAAUUGAUGCCAAAAGACAUUACUUGGAUGGUACAGAAGAGGAUCCAACUGGCCAAUGGGUUGGAUACCAAUCUGAAAUAUUCAACACUGCAUCUAUAUUAUGGGGAUUAAUUGGUCCUGCAAAAACUUUUGGGGAAGAAUCACUAUACAAUAUACUCUUAUGGGGUUUUUUAAUUGGCAUCUUUUUACCUAUACCAUUUUACCUGCUUCAUCAAAAAUAUCCAAAAGCAGGAUUUAAUCUUGUUAAUAUUCCUGUAAUAUUAUAUGGUAGUAGUUUACUUCCUGGAUAUAAUACAAAUUUCAUUAUUUCUGGGUUCAUAGUUAGCUUUAUUUUUCAAUUUUACGUUUUUCGUUAUAAGAAAGGAUGGUGGACACGAUAUAAUUAUGUAAUGGCUGGUGCAUUUGAUAGCGCUGCACAAAUAGUGACUAUGUUUAUUUUAAUAUGCCUUGGUACAGUUACGGCGCCCAUUUGGUGGGGUACUGACCCGGCAUCUCAGG